UUGAAGUAUCCUUUAGGACACUUCCGGUUAAUGUCGCCUUCUCCUCAUAUCAAACCAUAGCUGCGACUGAAAGCCAUCGCUACAUCUAUUGUGAGGAAAUUGUCUUCAGCCCAGCCAGGAGCACCAUGUCAGACACGGAGACGAAACCUUCCAGUCAAGACGGAGGCGACAAGAAGGAUGGAGAGUACAUCAAAUUAAAAGUGAUUGGUCAGGACAGCAGUGAAAUCCACUUCAAGGUGAAAAUGACGACACAUCUAAAGAAGCUGAAAGAGUCCUACAGCCAGAGACAGGGCGUCCCAGCCAGCACGUUAAGGUUUCUGUUCGAGGGACAGAGAAUCGCAGACAACCAAACUCCAAAAGAGCUGGGGAUGGAGGACGAGGACGUCAUCGAGGUGUAUCAAGAACAGACCGGCGGACUUUGGAACGAUUAAAUCUCCGACGCUUCGCAACCUUUUUUUUUUUUUUAUUUCUUGUCCUAUUUUUUAUUUUUGUACAUGUGUAUUUUUAUUCAGUUUCAAACCAUCUGGAUCAAAAUGGAGUCCGUUUGGGUCGAGUCAGGGGCAGGAUCCGGACGGCGGCUUUCUGGGACGAUCAUGUCGUCCAGCAACAGCAUCCAGUCACGGUCACACACACAAGCUCUGUUUUUAUUGUCAGUGGAGGUAAAUAAUGAGUCUGGCUAGAACCUGGUCUACAGUAAGGGGGUCACCCAGAACCGAUCCUGCUCUGAUCCAGUUUUUUCUGGGAGAAUUUAAGUUAAAAUAAACUUAAACUUUCCGCUCAGGGUCCACAGAUCAGAUGUCCACAGUGAAUCUUGUGGGUUUUCAGCAGUCGUUCUGUUUUAAUCAGUGAUGUUAGAAACUGAUGACACGUAGAAAUAAACUUUUAUUUUUCCCAGUUUGGCUCAUAGAGUAGGGAAAAGUCUGGAAAAGGCUGGAAACGGACGGGAGCUUUGACCGCUCAGUGGAAAUGAAGGGAGCAGGUUUCCACCUGGUACAAGCACCUGGUCUGUGUGCUGGUAAAAUCUUUUAUUCUACCCAGACGUUUGCAGACUAGUGCGACGGGAUUGGCUCAUUUAACACUUUUACUCACUCUCUUUUAAACAAAUCGGGGGUUUUAGUUUCCCACCGUCUGGCCGCUAUCCAGCUCCGACGGUCAGCCUGUAAACCGGACAGCGAGUCCGGGUCCACGUCUGUUCCUGAUGAUCCCAAUCCUUUCCAGCAUCCAUGUUUGAGGAACUGCACCAAUGAUUCCUCCAUCCAUCUUUUAUCGCUUCGUCCAGUUCAGGGUCGCAGAGAAACCGGAGUCUAGUCUAGUCUAGUCUGGGAGUCUAUACCAGCAGUUAGCAGGUGAGAGGCAGGUACACCUAGACAGGACACCUGGACAGGUCUCUGGUCCAACGCAGGACACCUGGACACCUGGACAGGUGUCCGGUCCAACACAGAGGGACAGAGUCACUUCUAGGGAGAAUCUCCAGAGACCAGUUAGCCUAGCUUGUCUUUAUAUGGUGGGUGGAAGCCGGAGGACCGGGACCAGGGGAGAACCCCGGGAGUCUUCCUAAAGCUUCUCUUGGCGGAUUAACGUUCUGGCGAACAUGUUCGGUGUCGGCGUGUCGGAAAGAUGCGCCGCGUCGUCUCUGAUUCCUGCUCCAGGCUUUCGGGUGGCGGCGGUGGGUUUCUGUCUGGAUCUGACGAGCUGCUUCUUCCCGGGAUAAAAGUGUAAAUGUGUUCAGGGCAUAAAGUUCCUCAGCAGAUGAGACGGGAACAGAAGCAGGAUGCCCGGCGACUGACCUGAGAUCCAGAUUUCCUCCCAGAUCUGGACACGGGUGGAAACGAUCGGACUUUUCUAAACAAAGCCAGACGGCUGCGGAAGGUUCAGAUGGGAACCUCCGGACCCGGAGGUCUGAUCCGAGGUGCCGGACUGAAGAACGCUGAUGCAGAUGGUUUGAAAGUCUGGAGAUGAACUUUUUGCUUUUUUUUUUUUUUU